AUGGAGUCAUUUACAGAGAAAAUGUUUGAUUUUCAAAGAAGAGCAACACAAGCAGUACUUCAAAAGAUGGGAGCAUCAGAAACAACAAUUGAUGAACAAUUUGAAAAUACUCAUACAAAUUUUAAAAGAUUAGGUGAAUUUUUAACACAUUUAGAGGAAUCAACACAAUCAUCAUUAACUCAAAUGGAAAAGAUGUGUUUUGCAAAUAAUCAAUUAGCAUCAUCUUUAUGUAAUUUCGUAUUAUCAGAGUUAUCAAAUGAUGACACUGAAUUCUCUACAGGUUUAUUAUCGAAAUUCUUUUUAAAAACUUCAACCAAUCCAAACCUAUCUCAAAUGGAAAACACUAAAGAGUUUGAAUUGAGACAAUCAAAAUUUCAAGAAUCAGUUCAAAGAUUAUACGAUAGUUUCGGUACAAUGGGUCAUGAAAAUAUGGCCUCUACUCAAGAUGAAAUCAAUCAUAAAAUCGUACGUCCAAUUAAAAGAGAUCAAGAUUAUAAUAAAGUAACUAAACAAUUAAUAGAAAAAAGAAAAAAAUUAAAUUUAGAUUAUGAUUCAAUUAAAAGAUCAAAUGAUAAUGAAAAAAUUAAAUUAGUUAAAGAAGAAUUUGAUAUAUUAUCAAAGAAAACAGCAUCACAUCUUCAAAAUAGGUCAUAUGUAAGAUGUAAAUUAAUAGUUCAUAGUGUAAUCACUAUGGUACAACAAUUUUGUAUGUUUUUCGAAUCAAACUCUGUACUUUUAGAAGGAUUAUUAACAUUUAUAGAACCACUCAUUCAAACUUAUCAAUUAAAUACCGAGCAAUUAACUGAUAUCUAUACAAUUAAAAAAACAACAACCCCCACCACCACCACCACUACUACCUCUUCACCUUCAUCUUCUUCACCUAGACAACAACCAUUUAAUGGCAGUAAUAACAAUGGUAAUACUCCAACUGGAAAACCGAUACCAUCUUCACCACCUCCAACUUAUAAAGAGCAUUUAGAUAAUAAUAAUAGUAAUAAUAGUAAUCAUCAACAACAACAACAACAACAUCAACAACAACAAAACCAACAAAGAAAUAAUAACAAUAAUAAUAAUAAUAAAAAUAAUAAUAUGAAUGAAAGUCAUCAAAAUUUAAAUGAAGAAUUUACACAAAAGGCAUCAUUUCAAGGAUCACCAUCAGAUUCAAAUAGUAGUACAAGUAGUAAUAAUUAUUCACCUCAACAACAACAACAACAACAACAACAACAACAACAACAACAACAACAACAACAACAACAACAACAACCACCACCACCAAAGGAAGAGAAAUUAUUUAGCGUUUGGGAUGAUGAUUUAAAUGGUAAAUCUAAUGAUGAUAAUAAUACGGCAAGCAAUAGUAAUAGUAAGAGUAAAAGCAAUGAUGAUGAUGAUUGGAUGUAUAAUAAUAAUAGUAGCGACAAUAAACCAAAUUUGAGUAGGUCCGAUACAACUUGGGAAGAUCCUUUAGUACCAGAAAACAGCUCCUAUUCAAAACCAGCAUAUUCUUCAUUUAAUAAUACUCCACAACAACCGCAAUACUUUAAUACACAACCUCAACAACAACAACAACAACAAUUUAAUAGACAGCCACAUCAACAACAACAACAACAACAACAACAACAGCAACAACCUUUUAACAGACAGCCAUCUCAACCAUACCAACCACCUCCACAACAACAACAACAACAACAACAACAACAACAACAACAACAAAAAAAAUCAAGCGGAUUUGAAAAUAUAUUUGGUGAUUUUGAUUUUACCUCUCCUUCACAACAAAGACAGAACCCACAACCGCCUCAACAACAAAGUAAUUAUUUUAAUAAUGGUAUGCCACCACAAUCAUCAGUUUCUCAACAUGUUGAUAAUCACCAACAUGAAAGAUCAAAUGUUGAACCUAUAGUAUCAGAGAAAAUAAAAAUGUGGGGUGAAAAGGGUGGUAGAAAGAAUAAUUUAAGAGUUUUAUUAUCGACACUUCAUGAGGUUUUAUGGAUAGAAAGUGGUUGGGAAAAAGUAACCUAUGGUUCAUUGGUUACUCCAAUUCAAGUUAAAAAGGUUUAUCGUAAGGCAAUCAUCGUUGUCCAUCCUGAUAAAGUUCAUAAUGGUACAAUGGAACAAAAAAUGAUUGCUCAAAGAAUUUUCGAAACUCUUAGAGACCAAUUUGAAGUUUUUAAAGUUGAUUUAGAACCAUCAAAUUAA